CCAGACUCCAGUACUAUAUAUAAAGAUGAGGACCAAACUCUACCCACCCAUCUUUUGAUAAUAGCAACAAUCAAUCUUCUUUGAUCGAAGCGGCGGAAAAUGUCUCUGGUGACGGAUGAGAUAAGGCGCAGCGCCACAGAGUUCUACGAGGGAAACGAACUCUGCCAGGAGAAGUCGAAGGUGCUGCUCAGAGAAGUGGGGCUGCCCGCCGGGCUGCUGCCCAUGGAGGACAUGGAGGAGUGCGGCUACGUCAAGGACACCGGGUUCGUGUGGCUCAAGUCCAAGAAGAAGACGGAGCACAAGUUCCAGGAGAUCGGGAAGCUGGUGCAGUAUGGUUGCGAGGUGACGGCCCAUGUGGAGCAGAACAGGAUCAAGAAGCUCACGGGGGUCAAGGCCAAGGAGAUGCUGCUGUGGGUCACCAUCAGCGAGAUCUCCGUGGACGACCCGCCCACCGGGAAGAUCUACUUCAAGAGUUCUCUCGGCGUCGGCAAGACCUUCCCGGUUUCCGCUUUCGAGAUCCCGGAGGAAGAGAAGAAGGAGGAGAAGAAGACAACGGAAGUCAAGGAGGUGUAAUGAAGGGUAGUUAUUUGAAGGCCAGGGUAGUUACGUCCAUCUUUUGAAGGGCAGUUCUUAAUUGAAGGGUAGUUCGAUAUCAUUAUCCCAGAAAAUCGGAAAAUGCAUCAUCAAGCUCGGAUCUGUACGCGUGUCCUAGCUAAUUCUCCCUGUUCUGUUUUAUCAAGUCAUUAUAGAGUCAUAAGUUCUUUGCUGUUUCUGUUCAUCAUAAAAUAUAUUCUCAUCAUACCAACUUACAAAAUAUUCUCCAUCCCCUUUAACUCUAUGUAUUAAAGUUACUUUUCAAGAUGCCCUUAAUAAUACUUUCUAUAUUUCUAUUGUCGUCCCUAAAUUAACAUUCCUAUUUGACUUUAUGAGUUAUUUGGUAAGAAAAACUAAAAAUUAACUUUUUAAGAUUAUCCUCGAUAAUAAUAUACGGAGUGGUAAAGAGAAUUAGUGGUCCAAAUAAAUUUAUAAAUACAUUCAAACUAAAAGUUAUCAAAAAAAAAGUCUAAGUUAAUUUUGAGACAACCCGCAUACUCCCUCCGUAACUUACCCGCUUCAAAAGUAGGUAGAUUAAGAAUAGUGAAAGGAGAUAUAAUUAAGGUCAUGUUUGUUAAUGACUACUAGGGCUGAAAUUGGUGAAAAGCCUGAAAAAGGCUGAAUUACCAAAAGGGUAGUUUAAAAAAAUGGACCUUGCUCAAUAGCCAUCCAAUAAGCCUUCAUUUGGUGUCAACCCCUUCUCCAUUAUUCCGCACCAGUCAAAUUUCCCAACAAAUUAAAAUCCACUUUUCCAUAGCUCCUGCAAAAAUUCCUCCACCCAAUGUAGAAUUCCGUUUGCACCAGAGCCUAUAACUCCCAGCGUAAUUAUUGCCAUAAUUCCAACAAACCAGUGCAGGGCCGAUAAUUCCAAAUCCCACCCAACAAAUAAUGAACACCCAACAAACCAGUGCAGGGGCCGAUUUGGAGAUUAGGAGAAGCCAUCGAUUUGGUGUCAAGAAGCCGGAAGGAGGAGACGAUCGGCAUAUAAAAGUGGGCAAAGGAGUCAUUACAAAAGCAACCAUGAAUUAAUAUGUUUGAGCUGAAAAAAUAGGGGUGGGCACGGUCCGGGACGGUCCGGGAUUUGACUUAUCCCGAUCCCAUCCCAGUUUUAUAAUAACGGCCUGGUACGGUACAGGAUGAGUCUUUAUCCCAAUGUUGUCCCAUUUAAAAUGGGACCGGGACAACCCGAGAAAAACCGGGACUAUUCGGGGUGUCCCAUAAAAAAUAUGCAUUUGUGAAAUGUGAUAUAAAAAUAAGCAUAACAUCAAAAUAAAGACGUAAAUAUUUUUGCAAAUAUAGUUUCCCUAAAAACAUUAAGGAUGUUUUCUUUUGGACUGAAAUUUGCUGGUCUGGUCUCAUCUGGUCUGGUAAACGUCUAGUCUCUGUGUAUUUUAUAACUACAGAAAUUUGGUCUGGUCUUGUCCAGUGGCGG